ACCCGCACAACCCAAUCCCUCACUGCAAUCCGGCGUCCAUGGCGGGAUUUCUUCGACAUCACUGUCGUCGACAUCCCCUCCUCCUCCUCUGCUACCAUCCGAAUAGCUCAGAAAGUAACCCAUUUCCGCCUCAAUUACUGCAUAAUCCUCCUCGUCAUUCUCUUAUUGUCUCUACUAUACCACCCUCUAGCCCUCGUCAUAAUUUUCGUCAUCCUCCUUGCUUGGUUCUUCCUCUACUUAGCCCGCGAUCGCGAUGGGCUCGCGACGAGCCCGUCGUGAUCUUCGGCUUCCUAAUUGACGACCUGCUAGUCCUCGCCGCGCUCGUCGGGUUGACGGUUGCCGGACUGGUCCUGACCGGCGUCUGGAAGAACGUUCUGGUGUUGGUCGCCGUCGCCAUCGGUUUCGUGAUCUAGCAUGCUGUGUUGAGGAGUACGGACGAUUUGGUAAUGGAUGAUUUGGAGUCGCCGUACGGGCACAUGCUGGUUGGUGGGGAUGAAGAACUCGAUAGCCCCAGAGGGGAUUAUACUGGUAUUUGAUUUUUUGUGUCUUUCUUUGGAUUGAACAUAGUA